CAACUGGCUGCGGACAUUCACCAGGCGCUUCGGUACAAGGAGCUGAAGUUGCCUUCUUACAAGGGCCAGUCCCCUCAACUGAGUCUCAGGCGAUAUUUUGCUGAUUUGAUUGCCAUAGUGAGCAAUCGCUUCACACUCUGCCCUUCUGCCCGACAUCUUGCUGUCUAUUUGCUGGACCUGUUCAUGGAUCGCUAUGACAUCUCUAUUCAGCAGCUGCAUUUAGUUGCACUUUCCUGUUUGCUUCUAGCAAGUAAAUUUGAAGAGAAAGAAGACAGUGUGCCUAAGCUGGAGCAGCUCAACAGCCUGGGCUGUAUGACUAAUAUGAAUCUCGUGCUAACAAAACAGAAUUUGCUGCAUAUGGAACUGUUACUAUUAGAGACCUUUCAGUGGAACCUCUGCCUUCCCACAGCUGCCCAUUUCAUUGAGUAUUAUCUCUCUGAAGCAGUACAUGAGACAGAUCUUCAUGACGGCUGGCCAAUGGUUUGCUUGGAAAAGACUAAACUCUACAUGGCCAAAUACGCAGAUUACUUCCUGGAAGUAUCUCUGCAAGAUUAUGCCUUUCUAAAUUAUGCACCUUCUUUAGUAGCUGCUGCAUGUGUGGCUUCUUCGAGGAUUAUCCUUCGUCUUUCUCCAACAUGGCCUACGAGACUGCAUCGUCUUACUGCUUACUCCUGGGAUUUCUUAGUGCAGUGUAUUGAACGACUAUUAGUUGCUCAUGAUAAUGAUGUUAAAGAAGCGAACAAACAGAGGGGACAGUCAGCUUCUCAAUCCGCACAGCUAGGUGUGUUCCAGACAGCUCAGCCCUCACGACCAGUUCACUUCCAGCAACCCCAGUAUCUUCAUCAGACCUCGAUGCAGUAUCGACAUCCUGUGUCAGAACAGCCAAGCCGUCAGCAGCUCGUGGCUACCACACACCCCUCAUCUUAUACUCUUCAGACUUGUCCUACGGGCUUCCAAACUGGUGUUCAGGGCCUUGGCCACAUGCAGACUGGUGUUGGGAUGUCCCUGGCAAUACCAGUGGAAGUUAAACCCUGUCUCAGUGUUUCUUAUAACCGGAGUUACCAGAUAAAUGAACAUUUCCCGUGUAUUACUCCGUGCUUUGAGAGGUGAUGAUGAGCAUAUCGUAGGUCAAAACUGACCCAGACUGUUGUGAAAUGGAUAGCUCUGGGGCAAGCUUUUUGUGUUCCUCAGCAGCAGGCACCAGCGCCGGGAGACUGAGUAUCCCUUCCAGUACCUUGAAUAUCUAGGAGGACGCGGCAGAUACUAAUGUGUGUCAAUCCCUGUGACAGAAAUGUUCCAGCCUUGGUGGAUGGUCCAGAUAUUUCAAAAUGCUCAACAUAGCCGAAUAUUUGCCAUUCUGAGAUUUGAGCUGUGGUGGCCUUUGGGUCUUAUGCUGGCACAUACAUCAAAGACUUAAAAUGUUUAUCUGUGGACUUGCCAAACCAUCUUUUAUGAAGGAAAGUUAACAGUAUUAUUUUUGAAGAAUUAUUUUAAUCUUUCAGCUCAGAGUCUUUCUGACCUACUGGUGGGUUUCUGAGUUCAAAUUUACCAGUUGCUAAGUAUACUAAUCUGUGCAGUUAAAAAAAAAAACACAGAUGAUUUUAUAUAACUUCCUAUCAUAAAUAAUAUUCGUGUCUGGAUUUAUAUACUAAAUUAGAGGUGAAGCAGAUACAUAUCUUGAAAUCAUGAUCAUAAUUUUUGUUUUACUCUGCUAGCUUUUCCCCAUAAGUGAUCAGCCCUGAUUCUUCAGGAUUAAGCACACUUAACUCAGGGAACUUGUAGUACUUGGAAACACUUAGCUGUAACCAACAUGCCUUGGAGUGUUAGAGUGUGAACUACCUGUGUAACCUAGGCUACAGUGCUCCUGCUGGGCUGAGAAUCUGGCUUAGCACAGGAUGAAUGGAGUGGGUCCUGUGGUGCUCCUGCGUGGACAGGUUGUGCGUCGCCCAGUGCAAUCAGUGGUUUAUCUCCAGAUUUGUUGUCACUCCUUAAAGCAGUUUUCAGGAGAAGGCAUACUGUAUAGUAUAAGUGCUAGAGUAGAGUCUGGUAGGAUUAUUUUGGAGUUGAUGGUGGCCAGGGUAGUACUCAGGUUGGGCUAAUGCAGCACUUUGUUAUAGGGAAGGUAGUUCUGUAAGCAACCUUGAAAUCCAGCAAGUCAGGCUAAACAAGCAGGGGCACUGAUUAUAAAAUUUCAGGGGCCAUUUUCAUUAUAAUGGCUGAGCAACUGCCCUGGGACAAUUUAUUGGUAGCGAGUGAAAACAGCAAUAAUAGUCAUUAUAGUAAGGGCAACCUGGCCAUAAAAUAUUGGGUGGGGGGGGCAGAUAAACUUAAAAAGUAAAAGAACAACUGAUGAGCUGUACACAUUGUGCUCUUAUCUGUGGAAGAAGAAAGAUUUGGUGGAGGGAAACUUUGUGGUUUAAAAUUAGUAAGGUGUAUCUAUGUUUUUAUAAGGUAGCACUUGACCAGAAGGGAAGCCGUGGCUCAGUGGUGUUGAGAACUCACUAUUAAAGAUGUGGGUAUGCAGCAGGAGUCGCAGUAAUCACCCAGUGGCCUUCACUGGGAAGGGAAGGGCUCCACAGCAUAAUAGACGACUGAAUGAGGCGGCUCCAGUGGGGGAGUGCAGGUGGUAGCUUCUGCCAACAGGAAUUCUUAGAGAAAUGUCCCUUCCUUAAAAGGAAGCUAACUUUGGUAUUUAGAAUGCAGAACUCAAAGUGUGGACUUAGUAGUCUGGUGAUGAAAGGCCACUCAGGUAAGAACACUCAGUCCAGUUUUCAAGCACAAAAACUGUGCUUUCACUUUUCCUCUUUAAAAAGGCUGCUAAUUGGAUUUUACAAUUCUUACCUUAAGAAAACUUGAAUUAUUAGGAGAAAGUAGGUUCAAAAGAUGAUUAUGUGUCUUUCACAUUCACAGCACCCAGCAACGUGGAAUCCAGUUUUCAGUAUUGUAACUACCUCAGUAAUGCUAUGAAUGUAAGCUAUUGGGAUAGAAAUCCUAACUUGAAACAACAGCCAGUGCCUGUGGUAAUUUAAUGUCUUGUCAAAUGCUUUUAUUGAUUGGUUCUGUGUCAUUCUUGUUGUCGAAGAAUAUUUGCCUUUUUAAAAAGCUUAUUAACACUUUUUCCAGUUUAUAUUUAAAAAGCUAAAGAACACACUGGAUUGAUCCUUUUGGGGGUGGGGUAGAGUCCAAUAGUUGAAUAUUGCUGCAUACCCAGGUGGGAGGCUGGGGAAUCAUGACUAUUUUAACAACAUUGGAAUUCAGUAUAGAUGUAACUCAACAUCAGUUAGCUUGGGGUUGGGGGUACUGUGUGGGUUUUGUUUUGUUUAAUUUAUUAAUUAGUCUUAAAAGGUUUGUUUUGUUUUGAGAUUACUGGACCAUCAUUAAAUGUGUACUGUGAAAAGGUUAAUAAUGUGUAAAAAGGACUUAACCAGAGUCCCUUAAAUAAACACUAUUCAAGUACAAACUACAAA